UUAAAUAUGUAAGUUUGUUUUGUUUUGAAUUUUUCAAAGCACUAAAGUUUUUAAGGAAAAAUUCGUAUUGUAUACACAAUAAAAAAAGUAUGGGAAGUUACAAGAGUAUAAUAACUUUGCUUUAGAUUUCCUUUACGUAGUGGUUAUAUUCUCUUUGAUUUCCCUUAACACAGGUGAAAAGGAAUAUUUUAUGGCUUUACUUUAUAAAACAGAUUCGUAUAGUUUAAUAGAUCACAGAAAAUAUACAUCACACAUAUACAAGAAUGUAUUAGCAGAUGGAAAUGAAUCACACUUCGCAUUACUGGUAAAGCUUUUUGCGAUCCUCGGAUAUAAAAACCAAGUCAAAAGUAGAAAAAGACGUUACGAAGCUAUUCAAGUUCAUGAAGAGACAUUGGUUAUACAAGAAAAAUUUGAAAAGCUCUUAUUCUAUAUUAACUCUGAAAUUAAAGACGAAUUAUGCCAGAAACACAAUAUUUUGGACACCCAGGCUGUUCGAGAAUUGGCCCAAGAACUCCAGAAGUCAACUAUUUUUCGCUUUAUUGGUUUCAAUGGAGGAAAUGCAUCUAAUUUUCCACUCAAAUGUAAAAUUAAAGAAGAUUAUUUUUUAAUACCAAGGAACUCAAGAUUUUUUUGUGGAUGUGUUAAAGAACAGUGCCUUAAGUUAGAAGGCAAUAAAUAUGACAUAGUUGUAGCGGAUCCACCUUGGUGGAACAAGUAUAUAAGGAGGCUGAAAGGAGCAGAUGACAAGUUGAGCUAUAGCAUGAUGUACAACGAAGACAUAGCAUCAAUACCACUCGGAAAUUUGCUUUCAACAAAUUGCCUUAUCGCCGUAUGGUGUACAAAUUCUCCUAGCAACAUAUCUGCUGUAAAAGACUUGAUAUUCCCUUCAUGGGGAGUUCAGUAUGUUACAACUUGGUACUGGCUAAAGGUUACCAUAGAUUUGGAGCCAAUUUGUGCCUUUACUGAGGGUUGUAAGAAGCAGCCGUAUGAAAGGAUAAUUUUAGGCAGAGUUGGGGAGGUGGCAGACUUGCCUGACUCUCAUUUGAUUGUAAGCGUGCCUAGUGCAUUGCAUUCGCAUAAGCCUCCGUUAAUAGACGUAUUGUCGCCAUAUAUAAAAACAGCAAGUCCGCGAGUGCUAGAGUUGUUUGCGCGGUAUCUCCUCCCAAAUACCACCAGCGUAGGUUACGAACCGCUCAAAUGGCAACAUAUAUCGCUGUAUGAAGAAGUUACGUAAGAAUAAAUCUUGUUUUUAU